GUCGGCGUUCGGCUGUCGGUCGUUGUUUGUGCUGUGGGACGGGACUCGUCGGGAGGCCGAGGAUCGAUUGCAUUCCCUCGAGUGUGAAGGGAUUGCGCGACGUUUGCAUUUGCAGUGGGUCUCGUGCGCGAAUUAGGAUUUGUGUUCCGACGCUGCUCUUAAACCCUAAACCCGGUAGGAUUGCAGCAGGCAGGCAGCGGGAGUCGGAUUUGCGAUCGUGAGAGAAGCCCGCGAGAGCGAUGGCCCUCCACCACAGCUCAACUGUGCAGCUUCCUCGCCAGGUCGCUCGACUGCUCCGAUGGAGCCAUGGCAAGUAUUCUAGCUGGGUUUCUGUUCGAGACGCAGGUUUUGCUGACAGCAAUUUGCGCAGACUCGGUUUGAGAAGGCCUCCAGCUCCGUGUUUGUUGAACCCUGGGCUCGUGUCCGAGAACUCGGUCGCUGCAAGAUGCUAUGCUGGAGAGGCAGAGCCAAGCGUAGAGCCGAGGGUGAGGCUGGUCAAGAGAAAGCGGAGACUGGACGAGGUGUGCGUCGAGAAAUUUCCGCAGUUCAGUAGAACGAUGAUUCAGUCAUGGAUCUUGCAAGGGAAGGUGACGGUGGAUGGUAAACCAGCUGCUAAGGCCGGUGCUCCUGUUUUGACUACCUCGAACAUUAUCAUCGACGCCGAAAUUCCGAAAUUCGUGUGCCGUGCGGGAUAUAAGCUGGAGGCGGCCCUAGAACACUUCAAGUGCGAUAUCCAGGGCAAGGUGGCUCUCGACGCGGGGCUAUCCACUGGCGGAUUCACCGAUUGCCUACUGCAGUAUGGAGCUUCGUUUGUCUACGGCGUGGACGUCGGGUAUGGGCAGGUCGCCGAGAAGAUUCGACGGGAGGAGAGGGUUUGCGUGAUGGAGAGAACCAAUUUGCGCUACCUGGCCGACUUACCUCAGCUGGUGGACAUUGUCACGCUCGACCUCGCCUUCAUAUCCAUCCUGCUCGUCAUGCCGGCAGUGCUCGCGGCCAUGAAGCCUGAAGCGACUUUGAUCGCCCUCAUCAAACCACAAUUCGAAGCUCGAAAAUCUCAGGUCGGCAGCGGAGGCGUGGUUAGGGAUCCGGAGGUUCACAAGGAGGUCGUCGCCAGGGUCGUGCAUGGAGUGGAAGCUUGUGGGUUUAAGUGCGAGGGCUGGAUCCAGUCUCCUCUCAAAGGCGCGGAAGGAAACAUCGAGUUUCUGGCAUGCUUCACCAGGCUUCCAGUAGAAGCGCCCAGCGUCACCCCAGCACCUGAACAAAUCUGAACUAGAAGCCACGCCCGAUCGAAUUGACCCACAACAUCCUUUUCCGGGAUAGAUUUUCGCUCUGCUCGUGCUCGUGCACGAGGUCUUCAGACGGCAGCGAAGUGUCUUUCAGCUAUCUAUUCGGCAAGGGGUUCAUCUGCUUGCGGAGUGUCCGACAUCUGCCGGCCAAAGCCUCUAACAUUCGGCUUGGCCUUCCAUUCGUUCCUCGACAUAACUCUGACGGGCGCUCGAAUUUCUCGAACCUCAGGCCUCUGUACACCGCUGUCGAAAAGAAAAAAAUAAAAAAUGAUCAGGGCGGAGGCAGGAGGCAGAAGAAAGAUCUCUCAACACGAAGUUCUUAUGGCGUGCAUGAGGUGCCAUAAGAUCAUGACCUCCAGUACAAUGGCAAGUUCAAUUUGGCACAUGUCCUCUGAACCAAGUAAAUGUUCUCGCCCAAGGUAGCGCCGGAAGAUUCCGUAAGAGAAAUAAUAAGGCCUGAAAUUUCAGCCUGGGGAGUGUGUUUACCCAAAGGAGAUAGCGUAACACGGUAUCCAUUAAGAAGUUGGGACAUGUAGCGCAAGGACCGAGUCUCGUAAAACUGAAUUUGGUCAAAUCUCAUGUAUCAGGAAACAAAGAUGAUAACAUAGCACUGUCAAUGAUAGCAGCGAAAAACAGUUGCCUCUACAUGAAGCAGUGUUACACUUAUAGUGUGAAACUCAGCAGCUACAAAUUAAGGUUCCAGGUUACAAACACAAACAUAGGUGGCGGAGAACAUGGGAACACAGAAGAAAUUUGCAUGGGCAAUUACGAGCAUUUCACAUAAGCUUCGAUGCUCUCGAGCUAAUGACAUAAUAUAGAAGAAAUUAAUUGAUGAUCCCUCCGAUAACAAAACACCUGUUUGUACAAACAAGAUUCAUUUUACCCUAAGACCCACCGUCACCCUCCGACGGCCUUCAGCACACAGUCACCCAUGUUACCAUGCGAGUUCUUCCAACGUUCAUAGUUCCAAAGACUGAUAGUUUUAGUGGGGAAUGUUAGCAAAAGUCCAUACCGUGUUGGAGCAUUGACAUGUGGUGAGUUCAUAAUUCUAGUUUACAAU